AUACAUACAUACACAGCACAUAGUCCACAGAAACCAUCUAAAACAUUCCUUUCCGUGCUUUUUUCAAGAACAGUGGAAAGUAAAAGGAGGCCAUCACUCUAUCUCUCUCUUCUCUCUGUCUGCUUCUUUCAGCCAUGGACAGGCCUCACUGGCCACAGGAGAUAGUGGUGAAGCCAAUGGAAGAAAUAGUAGUUCCCAACACCACAAAUUCAAGUAACAAUUAUAAUAAUCUCUCAAAGCCAUCUUCAAGUUCUUCCUCUCUCGAAAGAAGGAUAAGACCACAAAAAGCUGCCGCUGUAAACUGUCCGAGGUGUGAUUCCACCAACACCAAGUUUUGUUACUACAACAAUUACAGUCUUUCACAACCAAGAUACUUUUGCAAGACUUGUAGAAGGUAUUGGACUGAAGGAGGAACACUCAGAAACAUCCCUGUUGGUGGUGGUUCAAGAAAGAACAAGAGAUCAUCGUCUUCUACUACUUCAUCUCAAACUUCAGUGUCAAAGAAGCUUCCUGAUCUAAUUGUACCUUCUGCACCAACAUCAGUACUUUCUCAAAACCCUAGGAUCCUUCAUGAUCAUUAUGGGCAAGAUCUUAACUUGGGGUUCCCAUCCGCUAAUAAUUUCAAGAAUGUUUCUGACUUUAUGCAAAUACCAAACUUCGAUGCCACCAGGAAUACGAAUUCUUCAGCUUCCACCACCAGUAGCAAUAUUACAACUACUGCAUCGGCUUCGGCUCAGCUUUCGGCUUUGGAGCUCUUGACUGGAAUCACAGCGAGGGGUACAAUGAAUUGCUUAAUGCCGAUUCCGAUCCCUGACCCUAAUUCCGUUUAUUCACAGUCAGAGCAGUUGAUGAUUCCGAUGCCGGAAUUCAAGAUUCCGUCACUUAGCUUUUCUUUAGAUGGAAUGGCGAGUGGUGGCGGUGGCGGUGGCGGUGCAUAUGGGAAUAGUCUUGAUGAUAGUACAGAUCGGAGGCUUUUGUUCCCGUUUGAAGAACUGAAAACGAACACAUCGACAACGACUCUUGAUGAACAGCAUGUUGCGCAAGAUAGAGAUCAGAAUGGUGACUCCAAUGGGUUCUGGAAUGGAAUGAUGGGUGGAGGCUCUUGUUUGGGAUGCUAUUAUGAGAUCCAAGAUUAUCAAGAACAUAUCAUCAAGAAAGCUAAAGCCAGGUUUUUUAUAGAGGUGUGAUUGCACAGAAGGAUGGAGACUGUGAACAUGAAAGUUUGGAUAAUCAGAAAGCAUGCAGAUAAGCUGGAGAAAGAUAGGGACGCAUUGAAGAUGAAGACCCAGGUUUGUACACAUACUUGAGUGUGUGUUUUGCGUGUUGUAUUAUUGUGGGGCCAUGAAGAACAGUAUGAUAGAUAUGAUCAUUCUGUUGAAAUCACAUGUACAUGACGAAUCAAAGUCGAAAACUGCUACACCUGCUCAACUGAAAGUUUCAACUGCUUUAUUAAUCCCAUAUCUCAUCGGUCUCAUCUUGCACGUUACUAACUGUACUAUAUCUCUUUAUAAAAUACGUAAAACCUUCGCCUAUAUUAUUAGCCUCUGCGGUAAUUUCUAAAGACUUAUAUAUAAACAGUCAUUCCAAC